AUGAAAAUAGUAUCUUUGUAUAGUCGUUUCAUCUCGUGUCUUGCAGUGGCAAAUGCCGCUGUCACCUGGACCGCGACGCCCUUCUCUCCUCCAGCCUUCCCGCUGGCAGUGCGUUCGCCGUAUCUCUCAGCCUGGCUGCCGCAGGGAUCUGGUGCCGCUCUGAACGACGUUUGGCCCACUUUCUGGACUGGUCAGAUCCUUGGUUGGGCGGGCUUCGUGAAAGUCGAUGGGAGUGCAUUUAGUUUCCUUGGUGCCCCGAAUGUUCCUGGAGCAGCCUUUAAUAAAGCCGUUCAGAAAUCGUCAAAGUUCACAUCUACGCAAAGCGUCUUUGUUCUUUCGGCAGGGCCGGUAAACAUCACGAUUACCUUCCUCAGCCCAGUUGAGCCGACAGACCUCGUCAAGCAAUCGAUUCCCUUUUCUUAUAUGGCAGUCUCAGCAGCCUCUACCGACGGAGCACCCCAUUCUGUCCAAGUCUAUUCAGAUAUCAGCGCCGAAUGGGUUUCAGGCGACAAUUCACUCAUCGCGAACUGGAGUACGACCACGGGUAGCAUCAUAACUCAUCAAGUGCAACUUGCAACCCCAGUGCCGUUCUCAGAGAUCAACGACCACACGCAAUAUGGCUCUGCUUUCUAUUCCACUCCGAACACUGCGAGUGCAACCUUCCAAUCAGGCGCUGACGUCGUGGUUCGAGCGCAGUUCAUCAACAGUGGCGCCCUUCCCAAUACGAGAGACACCAACUUCCGCGCGGUUUCGAACAACUGGCCUGUAUUCGCCCUGGCGCAUGACCUUGGCGCAGUCACAGCCUCGACUGAACCUGUGGUAUUUUCUGUUGGGCACAUCCGCGACCCAGUGAUACCAUACAUCGUUGCGAAUGGAGCGAUUCAACAGAGGCACUUAUACGCCUGGAGCCAGUUCUCCAGCCCAGCCGACAUAAUCUCGUCUUUCUUGGGCGAUUACAACAACGCACUCGCCAUAGCCCAAGCCUUCGACGCGAAAGUGCAGAACGACGCCAACAAGAUCUCAGCGGACUAUACAGGAAUCGUAGAGCUUUCGAUACGGCAGGCAUUUGGAACCAUCGAAUUCACCAUCUCCAAAAACGCCAAUGGAUCGUUCAACGCGAAUGAUAUUCUUGUAUUGAUGAAAGAGAUUUCUAGUAAUGGAAACAUGAACACCGUCGAUGUUAUUUUCCCUGCCUGGCCCCUUUUCUUGUACACGAACCCAGCGAUCGGGAAAUAUCUGCUUGAGGCGUUGUUCAGGUACCAAGCAACGGGACAGUAUCCUAACAAGUUCAGCAUCCAUGACCUUGGCGCGAGGUACCCGAAUGCUACUGGCCAUAAUGAUGGAAAUGACGAGCACAUGCCUGUCGAAGAGAGCGGGAAUAUGAUCAUCAUGUCAUUGAGCUACGCCGAAAAGACCGGAGACCACUCGCACAUUCAGCAAUACUCGGCCUUGCUUGACCAAUGGACCCAAUUCCUUAUCGAAGACUCCCUGAUCCCAGCGAACCAAAUCAGCACAGACGACUUUGCAGGCCCACUAGCCAACCAGACGAACCUCGCCAUCAAGGGCAUCAUCGGUAUUCGAGCUAUGGCGGAGAUCGAGAAUAUGCUAGGAAACACUGCGAAGGCGGCGAAUUAUUCUGCAAUUGCGAGUGACUACGUCAGGCAGUGGCAAACCCUGUCGGCGUCGUCGUCAGGCCAGCAUCUGACGCUCUCAUACGGCAACUCCUCGAGCUGGGGCUUGUCGUACAACCUUUUCGCUGACAAGAUGCUGAAGCUUAAACUCUUCCCCGAGUCGGUGUAUGCGAUGCAAACGGCUUGGUACAAGACAGUCGCUCAGCCCUUUGGCGUGCCGCUGGACACUCGGCACACGUACACGAAGUCUGAUUGGGAGAUCUGGACCGCCGGGAUCAUGACGGACACGGCUGGACGCGACUUGUUUAUCGGCGCGGUGAAGAGAUGGGCGUCGGAUGGGCUGAGCUCGCAGCCCUUUGGCGACUGGUAUGAGACGACGGACGGGCGCCCACAGGGGUUCCGUGCGCGUCCUGUCGUCGGGGGACAUCUUGCACUGCUUGUGCUCUGA